AUGCUUUCCGGACAGGGUUUUGACUACCACUGUCAUUCCAAUCUGACUCGUGCCAUACUGCCAUAUGGCUUAACAGAAUUUGAUGUUCACGAUGUGUUAAAUGUCUUUCAGGUGACUGGCUUGAACAGAAAUGGUGAAUACUUCAUGCAACCAUGCCCAGCAAAAUCAGGAGACUUCUUCGAAUUCUUUGCAGAGAUCGAUGUUUUGUGUGCUUUGUCGACCUGUCCAGGAGGGGACCUCUCCAAAUGGGGCUGGGCAAAGAACGACGGAGAGGACCCUAUGCUAGAAUGCUGUCGUCCACUUGGAGUUGAAGUUUACAGAAUCACUGAUCCAGUGGUCCUGAAAGGGUGGGAACCCCCUGCCGCAUCCUCAUACAAGGGCAGUCACGGUAUCCAAUUGCGCGACGUUCGAUGA